ACAGCGGGCUACGUGCGCGGAAAAGAGUCAGCCAGGGGCAGCAGAUAGCCUUCUCCGGCUCGCCACUCCCUUGAAGUCCUGUGGACUUGGAGUCUGAAGGCUUCUCGAGUUCGUAGAGAUGCCUCAGCCGGGAUGACAGCGUGGGGACGGCCGGCGGCGCCCCCUGCCCCAGGCCGCGGUGGCGGCGCCGCGACCCCGCCCUCUCGCUCCUGUCCUUCCCUCCGCUCCCAGCCUUUGCUGGGCGCCAGACCCGGCUUCGCCGUCCGGCUAUUAGCCGACUGUGGCUAGUCACCCCCGGGGUCCCGGCCUCCGCGGGCUGGGGCCGCCGCCACCGCGGCAGGACGGGGAGGCGGGCCAUGGCGUCCUGCGUGGGGAGCCGGACCCUAAGCAAGGAUGAUGUGAACUACAAAAUGCAUUUCCGGAUGAUCAACGAGCAGCAAGUGGAGGACAUCACCAUUGACUUCUUCUACCGGCCGCAUACCAUCACCCUGCUCAGCUUCACCAUCGUCAGCCUCAUGUACUUCGCCUUUACCAGGGAUGACUCUGUUCCAGAAGACAACAUCUGGAGAGGCAUCCUCUCUGUUAUUUUCUUCUUUCUUAUCAUCAGUGUGUUAGCUUUCCCCAAUGGUCCGUUCACUCGACCUCAUCCAGCCUUAUGGCGAAUGGUUUUUGGACUCAGUGUGCUCUACUUCCUGUUCCUGGUAUUCCUACUCUUCCUGAAUUUCGAGCAGGUUAAAUCUCUCAUGUAUUGGCUAGAUCCAAAUCUUCGAUAUGCCACAAGGGAAGCAGAUGUCAUGGAGUAUGCUGUGAACUGCCAUGUGAUCACCUGGGAGAGGAUUAUCAGCCACUUUGAUAUAUUUGCAUUUGGACAUUUCUGGGGCUGGGCCAUGAAGGCCUUGCUGAUCCGUAGUUACGGUCUCUGCUGGACAAUCAGUAUUACCUGGGAGCUGACUGAGCUCUUCUUCAUGCAUCUCCUCCCCAAUUUUGCUGAGUGCUGGUGGGAUCAAGUGAUUCUGGACAUCCUGUUGUGCAAUGGCGGUGGUAUUUGGCUGGGCAUGGUCGUUUGCCGGUUUUUAGAGAUGAGGACUUACCACUGGGCAAGCUUCAAGGACAUUCAUACCACUACCGGGAAGAUCAAGAGAGCUGUGCUGCAGUUCACUCCUGCUAGCUGGACCUAUGUUCGAUGGUUUGACCCCAAAUCUUCUUUUCAGAGAGUAGCCGGAGUGUACCUUUUCAUGAUCAUCUGGCAGCUGACUGAGUUGAAUACCUUCUUCUUGAAGCAUAUCUUUGUGUUCCAAGCCAGUCAUCCAUUAAGUUGGGGUAGAAUUCUCUUUAUUGGUGGCAUCACGGCUCCCACAGUGAGACAGUACUACGCUUACCUCACCGACACACAGUGCAAGCGCGUAGGAACACAGUGCUGGGUGUUUGGGGUCAUUGGUUUCCUGGAGGCCAUUGUCUGCAUAAAAUUUGGACAAGAUCUCUUCUCUAAGACCCAAAUACUCUAUGUUGUGCUUUGGCUUCUUUGCGUGGCUAUGCUGCGUCUCACUCAGAUGAAAGGGAAGAGCCCUUGGUGGAGACUUCUGGAGGACUAUAAAGGAAAAUUGGGCCUGAUUGCAAAGAACUGAAUGCUGACCUCAUGCUUCCCAGUUUUCAUGGGCUGUGAUGAACAGGAUGGAGUGGCGGUGGCAGACUAGAGUAAGGAAGAGCGAUGAGGAGCCACUGAGAAACCUGCAGAUCCAAGGGAGAGAUAGGGAAACUGGAAGCAGAGACAGAGAAGCUGGAAGCAGGGGAAAUGGAACCAUGAGCAAAGAGAGAAGAGGCUUUGGUGAUUCUGCCUUAUUAAGGGUCAGAGGUGGUGUUGGAGGGAGAGGAGAGUAAGUUUCUUGUCCUGAGAAAACACUGGUGACAGUGAAACUUGGAUGUCAAAGAAAGGCAUGGGUUUAAGGGGAAAAAGGCUGAGUCUGUCGUGUUUGAAGUUCUGGAGAAACUUCAGCAUCCAGGCUUCUGGUCUGUGCUGGAGAGUGGUUAGUGCUGGACCAGAGGACUCGCCUCACACUGAGUUACUGAAAGCCGUGGUGGGAACUGCGGAUGGAUGGGACCACCAGGUAGAAAAGCUGAGCAGCUCCUGAACAGUGGACCUUUGGGAUCACUACACUGUGUUUCUCACAAUUCAGCAUCGCUGCUUCUCAGUGGGGCUCUGCUGCCUCCAUGGGAGAGCACUGGAAAGUAGAGGGGAUGCUUUUGAUUGUCCCAGUGGUUGAAGGGUGGUAUAGGCCUUCGAUAGAUACACUGGGACACGGGGAAACAAGAUGUUCUGCAAUGCAGAGGGCAACUCUGCAAAGUGAAAAAUUUCUCUGGGGUCCUCUGGAUUUGUAGUUAUCUCAUUGGGUGUUCAUUUAGGUGAAAAAUCUAUUUUGAAGUCUCUGAGCCCAGAACCUAAUUACAAUUUCCAUAUAUACCUAUAUAUUUUGCUUCAUUUAAAUUUAUAUGUAUUUUUGUAAGAGUGUAACCAUAUAAAUAGAGAGAAAAUUGUACUUUGUUUUGUUGGAAUUUGAUUGAACUGUUUCAUUUCAGGAUAUCACGUUUCUGCUGGCAACAUCACUUCUAAAAUUUGAGUGACUACUCUGCAUUGACACCUAUCUCAUUAGUGGUGAUUUUACAUAUUCAUUGAAGCGUCUGAUUAUUUUGUAUUAAGUGCUCUUGUCUAACAAUAAAUUAAAAUAUAUAUUUUUCUCUAUA